UUCUGAACGUAAAGGGUCGCGAGAGCAGGACGUUGACGAGCCGGAGACACGAGGAAGAAAAGUCUGCCGUGUACACUUGUGCGUGCCUUUCAUUCGUAUCUCUUUCGGUGUCAUGUCAGUUUGUCGGACCGCUUUUGUGCUCCUGUGCGCGGUGCUGGCGGUGACUCGUGCCCGCAGGAGUUCACCGGAGCAGGAGGACGUUCAGGAGAAAAUCGGCAGCGCAAGAUGCACGUCCAGGUGUCUCACUCUGCACAUGACUCAGCUAACGACUGCCUUCAGACACCUCCAGAGUGACCAAGUUCUGGUUUGGUGUGAAAACCACAGACGCUGUGCGCAGUGCCUUCAGCCAUGCAAAGAACUGUGGGAAACAAGGAAGGUGCUUUCUCCAAAGUCCUGUGAGAAGCAGACGGAGUGUGUGACGAGCAGGGAGUUUCUGACCUCUCUGAGGUCGUCUCGUCAGGGGGACUGCCCUCCUCCUCAGCGAGCCACCGGAUUCGCUGCAGCCUGCGUGGAGAGCUGCUCGUUAGACCAGCAUUGUCCUUCCCCCAGGAAAUGCUGCUCUAAUGAAUGUGGACACACUUGCCAAGCCCCAGCCAAUCUAUAUAAAGGUGUUCCUCUGAAGCCUCGCAGAGAGAUGAGCUUCGUGGAGGAUUCAGAGGGACGCGUGAAGGUAGUGUGGGUGUCAAAGUUCAAUGUCAGCGUGGAGCCGAUCGUUUACAUGCUCCAGUCCCGCUGGAACGUCGGGAUUCAUCCCAGUGAAGACCAUGCCUCUCCAUGGACUACUGUUGCAAUGACGCUUUCUGAAGAUGUGGUUCUGUCAGAUUUGAGACCUCAGCGCUGGUACCAGUUCAGAGUAACAGCCAUCAACAGCCACGGCAGCAGAGGCUUCACCACACCCAGCAAACACUACAUCUCCAGUAAAGACCCUUCACCUCCAGAACUUCCAAUAAACGUCAGAGUGAGCAACCAAACUCUAGACCGGAUGGCUUCUCAACCAGGCACCCAGCUCACGGAAAGGUCGGGGGGAAGUGGGGUCACAGUGGCGGUGUUUUUAAGUUGGGAGCCCCCCAGAGAGGCAGACCUGCCUGUCCACAACUACAGAAUCACCUGGAUGUCUCGACAAGCACACACAGCGCACAAACACACACACACGCUGCAUACACACACGCACACAGUGCACAAAAAGGUGCUCACACGACCCACACACUCACACACACCAGAACAGGGUAAAAAGGAAAGCAACAGCAGAGUGACUCAAGGGGCACAGUGUGAGCUGUGGCUGCAGGGUUUGCUGCCUGCUACUUCCUACUUCCUGUCUGUCCAGACGGUGGCCUACUGGGGUCAGAAGAGGUUGAAAAGUCCAAGAGCCCAAAUUGUCUUCUCCACCAUAACUCAUACAGGUGAAGACUUCUCCAACGAGCUCCCGUCUUCCUCAUCUUCAUCAUCUCUUCCCUCCCUCUCAUCCUCCUCCCCUUCUUCCUCUGACCUCCCCCUCUCGUCCUCUCUGCCUCACCCUGAAUCCCCCCUUAACCCUGUCACUCCUGGCAAUCUGCGCCUGGAGGUCGCUGCCCCUCAUUAUCACAAUGACCAGCUGCAGGUCAAGGUGUUCUGGAAGUGGCCUCACCAAGGCAGGCAGAGACAUCCUGGGCCGUACAUUUUGCGGUGGCGUCCACAUACGUGCAGUACUAAUGUUACAAGCACAGAGAGAACAACAACUGUGCAGGGCACCCAUCACACCAUCACAGGCUUGCUGUUUGCAUGUAAGUACCGUGUCGCCGUGGUGAUGAAGGCUGACCAAGGGUCAGAGGCUGUUGCCUGGGUUACGACCCCGACUUGCUCCUCCAUCAGGGUCAGAGGAGGCAAAGCUUUGACCUGCAACACUGAGGAGCGCCUCCUGGCCAGCAGAAAGGUGGUACUGCGUCCAGAACGACUGACGGCUGACUUUCAACAAGUCAAUGGCACCCUGCUCAUGAAGCUCCGCUGGAGGAUAUCCCAUCAUGCACUGGACCCGGCAGCUGUGGAGGGGUUCCAAUUCACUUGGACACUGCAAUCAGGGGUUACCGCGGCAGUGGAAGGACACGAAGACACACUUAUCUCCCAGACACAGACAAUCGCACCGUCUCAGCGGUUGGUGACAGUUCAUGGUCUUCAGGCUGACAGUGUUUACCAGCUGCAGCUCCAGGUGCUAACAGCAGAGGGCAGCAACGGCGCCUCAGUCUCCAAGACCAUACAUACUCCAGCUAUCAAUGCCUCACUUUGAUAGGUAAUGGUGAUUUCAUGUAUGUAGGCCCAAACCCCACAGCUGUCACCGUCUGCUGCACCAAGCUCAUCUUCACAAACAUCAACUUCUCCAACAAAAUGUUGUACAAAUUGUAAAAAAUAACUUUACCCGUGCAUGAUGCCAGUUUAAUAAAGCACUAAGUACUUACAGUUAGUCUAAAACGUGUAUUUUUUUAUUAAAGCUGCAGCAUUAUUAAAAUGAUUCGGAUUGGCAUUAUUGCCACAGCAAUGCAGGACAUGUAUGUGCAAAGAAAGACCCCUUGUAUGACUGCAUCUGUAUGUUUGGUGAUUAAAUGGGACCAAUCAGGUCAUUUCUAAUCAUCUGACAUCACUGGAGCCAAAUGACACUUGUGAAGAAACUUAUAAUGCCUUUUGUUUUUGAUCAUGCAAGUAGAGAAUGAUAUAGCACUGACCAUAUGUACAAAUAGAAAUGUAUAGCAACAGACUGUGUUCAUUUUAAUGCAUAUUCUGCUGCAUUAUUUUUUGAAGCAAGUGGGCUGAGUUGGUGAAGCCUUGAAGUAAGCUCAAAUAUAUUUUGUUCAUAUGUUUAAAAAAGCAAAUGUUUCAUUUAAAUCUCUUUGCAUUUGCUUGUUUGAUACAUUUUGGGCCUUUUGCAACAUUACUUUGCAUCACGGAAUACCCACUUCACUACAAUAUGACAUUUUUACAUAGUCAAUAUAGAUAUUCCUGUGGUAGAUAUUUCUUUGUUUUGCUAAACUCAUGGCAUUACUUUAAAAUGGUUGGAAACUACUGCUGUCAAGCAACCAGUAAUUAUCAUGUUAAUAUUCUCACUAUGUAACCAUUUUUGGACAUUUAACUGUUAAUAAUUUUGUACUUAAUUCCUUUACUUUUUGACUAUUAGUUUUAUUUAUUG